AGCUUAUAAAAGAAACAUCAAGAGAAGGAACAAUCUUCAAAGGGAAGUUGCAUCCAAUUUCCUCUAUAAAUAGAUAGGUAGAUAACAUCAGCCUACUAGCAAAUCAAAAAACUUCUUCUCUUCUAUGCGUGGUUUGCAGAUGCAAGCAUUCUAAAUUCCUCGUCCAUUACAAUGGACAUAGAAGACAAUGCGUCUUCUUCUCACACUCAACAUGAAACAUCUCAACAAUGGUCCUAUGACGUAUUCUUGAGUUUUAGAGGCGAGGAUACUCGAAAGAACUUUCUUGAUCACCUCUACACAGCUCUGCAUGACAAGGGAAUUCACGCAUUUAAAGAUGACAUAGAGUUAAGGAGGGGCAAAUCCAUUUCCCCUGAACUCCUUAACGCUAUAGAAAAAUCGAGGUUUGCAGUUGUUAUUUUCUCGAAAAACUAUGCAGACUCGUCGUGGUGUUUGGAGGAGCUGACGAAGAUUGUUGAAUGCAACAAGCAGAGGGGGCAAACGUUGAUACCUGUGUUUUAUACCGUGGAUCCUUCUGUUGUGAGAAAACAGAAGGGAAGUUAUGAAGAAGCUUUUGCUAAACAUGAAGAAAAUUUUAAGGGAGCAGAGAGCAAUAAGGUCCAAGCAUGGAGGGAUGCUUUGAAUGAAGCUGCUAACAUCUCUGGAUUUGACGUCCAACACAUGGAAGAUGGACAUGAAUCAAGGUGCAUUAGACAAAUUGCUGUGACAAUUUUGAAAAGAUUGGGCCGUAUACGACCAAAAGUUGCUGACCAUUUAGUGGGCAUAGAGCCCCACGUGCAAAAAGUCGUAUCUAUGUUGAAUAUGCAUUCUGAGGCUGAUAUUCGCACAAUUGGGAUAUGGGGUAUGGGCGGCAUUGGCAAAUCAACAAUCGCACGAGCUGUUUUCGAUCAACUUCAAGAAGAGUUUGAAGGUAGCUGCUUUCUUGAUAAUGUUAGAGAAGUUUCAACAAAAUUCGGAAUGCAGGCUUUGACAGAAAAAAUGUUAUCUGAGACAUUGAAAGAGACUAAAGACAAUCUUUAUACCAGCACCAAUUUGCUGAUGAACAGGUUGAGCUAUAAAAGAGUGAUGGUUGUUCUUGACGAUGUGGAUAAGGAUGAGCAGAUAGACAGUUUGGCCGGAAAGCACGAAUGGUUUGGAGCUGGGAGCAGAAUCAUCAUCACCACUAGAAACAGGCAAUUGCUAUUGGCUCACGGAGUGGAUCAAGUGUAUGAAGUUAGCCCUUUAGGGAGUAAUGAGGCUUUGAUGCUCUUCAACAAGUUUGCCUUCAAGGGAGGUGAACCGGAAGGUGAUUUUUAUGAACUGGCCCCGCAUGUCGUGCAAUGUGCUUGGGGCCUACCGCUGGCUCUCAAAGUUUUGGGUUCGUUUCUACACAAAAGAGCAAAAGCAGAAUGGGAGAGCGAGUUGAGGAGGCUGAAAGAAAUUCCCCAUGAUGACGUGAUAGGGAAACUUAAAUUGAGCAUUGAUGCAUUGAGCGAUCUAGAUAAGCAAAUAUUGCUCGAUAUUGCUUGUUUCUUCAAGGGGAAACGAAGAGAGCCUGUCACCAGAAAACUUCUUGCUUUCGGUUUCAAACCUGAAAUUGGAGUGCCGGUACUUAUUCAAAGAUCACUUUUAUCCAUAUCUGAUGAUGACAGGUUCCAGAUGCAUGAUUUAGUUCAAGAAACUGCUUGGUACAUGGUUCGCCAUGGACAAACUAAAGAGAGAUACAGCAGGUUGUGGAUUCCUGACGACAUAUGUGAUGUUAUGUCAAAGAAAUCAGGUACAGCAGCAAUUGAGGGAAUAAUAUUAGCGUACCCUGAUAAGCAGAGGAUGAACUUAGGAUCACAAGCAUUAAAGGGUAUGGAAAAUCUACGUCUUCUGAAAAUCCAGAAUGCUUACUUCCGUAAAGGUCCAAGUUAUCUUCCAAAUGAGUUACAAUGGCUGAAUUGGCACAAUUUCCCUUCAAUCUCACUUCCACAAGACUUUGUGGGAGAAAAGCUUGUUGGACUUACACUAAUUCAUGGCCAAAUUUCACAACUUUGGCCAGAAGAUAAGUAUCUUGACAAGCUGAAGUAUUUGAACCUCAGCUACUCCAAAGGGUUAAUUAGCACUCCAAACUUGGGGCAAAUGCCAUAUCUUGAAAAGUUGAACCUGAGCAACUGUAAGAACCUGGUAGGAGUUCACGAAUCACUAGGAGCUCUUACAAGGCUUCAGUACUUGAAUUUGUCUCACUGCUCAAAGCUAAGGAGUCUUUCGAAACGCAUCCAUCUCGAGUCUUUGGAAAAACUUCUUCUCUGGGACUGCACAAAACUUGAAAGUUUUCCUCAAAUCAUAGGCUUAAUGCCAAAGCUUUCGGAACUUCACUUGGAAGGGACUGCGAUUAAAGAGAUACCCGAGUCCAUCAUAAAUCUCAGCGGCCUUGUCUCCAUAAACCUCAGUAAUUGCAAAGAUCUGGAAAGUAUAACUUACAGCAUUUGUGGUUUGAGAUGUCUCAGGACUCUUAAUCUCUCUGGCUGUUCAAAACUUGAGACAUUGCCAGAAACCCUUGGUCAAUUGGAAACGUUAGAAGAACUACUUCUAGAUGGAACUGCAAUUAUCAAGCUUCCAUCAACUGUCUCUGAGAUGGGAAAUUUGAAAAUCCUUUCUUUCAGUGGAUGCAAGAAAAAGCAAAAGGAUAAAACAUUCUGGCAAAACAGUUUUAGCUUUCACUUGAAUUUAAAGUUAACUUCACUACCAAAUGUCAAGCGCAUCACAAGACGUUCAAAUGCUAAAAAUAAGAAGCCAGAAGUAUCACGACCAUCAUUAUCUGGUUUGUCUGUCUUGAAGAAAUUAGAUCUUAGCGACUCUGAUUUGGUAGAUGAAAUAGCUCCUGAUAUUUGGCAGUUAUCCUCAUUGGAGGAGUUAAAUUUGAGCCAAAAUAAUUUUAUUAAAUUUCCUUCAAGAAUAUCUGGACUCCCACAAUUCAAGUUCCUGAAAUUGGACGAGUGCAAGAGCCUUGAAGCGUUGCCUGAUCUUCCCUGGAGUAUUGAAGUGAUAGAGGCAAAUGAGUGCCUUUCCUUGCAGAGUCUUGGAAAUCUUUCUCCUCAACAUGCAUUCUUGAGGAAGGUCUCGUUUUUCAAUUGUUUCAAAUUGGACCAACAAAGCCAAAAAUCCAGCAUUCGCGCUGCGGAUUUGUUGCUGCAUUCGCUUCUCCAGGGUCACUCCACCAUAUAUGGUCAAUUUAGUAUAGUUAUUGCUGGAGGAAAAAUCCCGGAUUGGUUUGGUUAUCAAAAAAUGGGUCGCUCGAUCUCAGUCCAGCUACCUACAGAUUGGCAAGAUAACAUUGCAGGGGUGGCAUUCUCUUUUGUUUUCGAGCUCCUUGUUCCAAAAUCAAAGCUAGGUGUUACCUUCAAGUUGAUAAGCCCAAACCACAGAGAAUACACAUAUGAAAGUGCCCCAGCAUCUGCUGCUUCAAAGAUGGGGGAGGUCUACGAAUCAGACCACUUGUGGAUAGCUUAUAUCUCAUUCCAUCUUUUUCGUCUCCUCUUCCCCAAAUGCACGACAGAAGAUUGGACUAAGGUUUGUGGUUGCCUUUCAAUUAGCCUGAGACAAGAGCCAUGGACCAAGGUGAGGAGGUGUGGAAUUCAUCUGGUGUGCAAAAAAGAUUUGAAAACACCAUUGGCACCUGGGAGCAAAGAAUUGGUGGUGUAUGAUGGAGAUCAUUUAGAAAGAAAAGAAGAGGUUGAAGAGGAUAUAGUGGCACUAAUGGCUGGGGUUAAUGAUUUGAAUUGGGAUGAUGACUCCAUUGGGCAAGAUAACAUUCAGCUUGCGAAUUUGAGAAAGUCGCUUGACUAUAAGAUUCAGAAGACUCUUUCUUUUGAUUGCUAGAGUAUUUGUUCUCUAGCUAAUAAUGUUUGCUUGUAUUAAUCGUCGCAUGUUGGUUCUGGCUUUUGGAGCUGUUGCUUGAUGUUUCUGCUCAUUGCUGGUACCUUUCUUGGUUUGCUUGUUUGUGAUUACUUCCAUGCAGGAGAUUGAGUAGUACUCUACUACUACUACCAUGGGAAAUAAGAAGAAUCAGAAAUAACAGUUGGCUUUGAUUUAGUUGAAUUGUUUGGUUUCUCGUGCAGUAUGAAACGAACUGUGUAAUGUGGUUGUUUUUCUUUUGUUUGCUAGUUCGAUAUAAUGUACACUCUGUAUGGAUUUGUAUCUACAAGACAACAUGAAUGUACCUUUAUAUCUUUGUAUUUAUAGAAGAGUGUGUAUUUUCUAACUGUGGAUCCUACAUAUCUUUGUAUUGAUGGAAGAGUGCUUGUUCUCUAA